UCCAAGAUGAAACUCUUGACUCCAGAGCAAGAGACAGAGCACUACUCCAAUGUCCUCAAAGGCGGCUGGGGAGGUCUGAUCGGAGGAACAGCAGUCAGCACGGCUUUGCUCUGGGCUCUUGGAAGAAGGUUCCAUGCCAUCCGUAACCUCGAUCCUUCCUUCCAUGCCUUCUUGGUGACUGGCACGGGUGGCUUCGCAGAAAUAGCCAUCAUCAAUGCAGACCGCUACUCUCGCAACUACGAAGCAAAUCACAAUCCAGACAAUGCCUACACUCACUCUCAGACACUCCUCAAACAAUCACUUCUCGCUAAACAGCCUUUGUCCCAACGAGCUGCAGAUUUGGUCUCAGACAACAGAUACCGAAUUGUCUUGAGCUCAUGGGCAAUCUCCAUGGCAUUCGCUCUGACAUUGGUAAACCGCAACCCUUUCCUCAGUCAAUCCCAGAAACUCGUCCGAGCAAGGAUGUUUGCUCAGGGCUCGACACUCGCCAUUGUGGUGGCUAGUUUGACGUUUGAGAGCGUAGAAAGGCUGGAAGGGAGUGGUGAAGUGAGGGUACUUGAUGAGGUUGAGAGAAUCAAGAGGGAGAGAUAUCCAGGCCAGAAUCGUUGGAUGGGUGAGUAUUUGUCGUUUGUCUUACUUCAAUGA